AUGGCUAGAAGAGGUACUUUAAAGAAGCAGUUGAAGAAUCAACAAACCAUCGAUGCCAGCAAUAAGGCAGAAAAGAAGGAGAAAUCAGAACCAAAACCAGAACCAGAAUCUGAGUCCGAAUCUGAAGCCGAAUCUGAAUCUGAAGAUGAAGUAGAAGAACCAAAACCAGUUCAAAGUAAGAAAUCAAAGACUGCUGAUUACGAGAGUCUGGCUUUGUCAAAAAAAGAACAAAGAAAGUUGAAGAAAUUGCAAUCCCAAAUUGAAAAAACUGAAAAAGAAGAUGAAAGUGAUGAAUCUGAAGAGGAAGAAGCCGAAGUCGAUUUAGAAAAAUUGGCUGCAAGUGAAAGUGAAAGUGAUAUAAACGGAUCAGAAGAAGAAGAAGAAGAUGAUGAAGAAGACGAAGAAGAAGAAGACGAAGAAGAAGAAGACGAAGAAGAACAAGAAGAUGUUCCAUUAUCGGAUGCCGAAAUAGAUUCAGACGCUGACGUUGUUCCUCACACCAAAUUAACCAUAAACAACUUAGCAGCAUUAAAAGAAUCAUUAGCACGUAUUGAGUUACCUUGGUCUAAACACUCAUUCCAAGAACAUCAAUCGGUUGUCAGCGACGAAGUUGUCGAAUCUCAAAUUAAAGAUAUUUAUGACGAUACUCAAAGAGAAUUAGCAUUUUAUAAACAAGGUUUAGAUGCGGUCAAACAAUCCAGAGCCACUUUAUUAAAAUUGAAAGUUCCAUUUUCAAGACCUUUAGAUUACUUUGCUGAAAUGGCUAAAAGUGAUGAACAUAUGGAUAAAUUAAAGAAUAAAUUAUUAGGUGAAGCUGCCAAUAAAAAGGCUUCGGAAGAUGCUAAAAAACAAAGACAAUUAAAGAAAUUUGGUAAACAAGUUCAACAUGAAACUUUACAAAAAAGAGCUAAAGAAAAAAGAGAAACUUUAGAAAAAAUUAAAUCAUUAAAGAAGAAAAGAGGUACUAAUGAAUUAAAUAACGAUGAUGAAUUCCAAAUUGCAUUAGAAGAAGCCACCCGUGAAGAUGGCGGUGACAAUAAAAGAAGAAAACCAAAUUCUAAAAGAUUAGCUAAAGAUUCCAAAUACGGUAGAGGUGGUAUGAAGAGAUUUAAAAGAUCCAAUGAUGCUGAAUCUUCUGCUGAUGUUAGUGGGUUUUCAAACCACAGAAAAGGUGGUAAACCCAAGUCUAACAGACCAGGUAAAAGUAGACGUAGACAUUAG